GAAGUGUGCUGAGCAAGUGCCCAAGGUCUCUCUGGCGCUCCAGCCUCCUCCAAUUGCACCGUCGCUCAGGAUCAGUCUCUGAUGGACGUGGGGUGCUCAAGCCUUGCAUGAAUUGACGAGAAGGCUCCACAACAAUCUAGUCUUUUAUCUGCCCAGGACAGAGGGGGCGCAGUAGAUUUGGCCUCAGAUGAUCCUCAAAAGGGAUGGUAGACAAGUUGGUUGGACCUUCCUCUCUCCUUUCUUCCUGAAAAUCUGUAAUAGUUGAUUCAGGAGUCAUAGAUGGCAAUGAGUUUGUGGAUACAAGCUGAGUUCCAUCCCCUGGUGGGGUUGCUGAUGAAUUUUCCCUAGAUGACUUCCGAAACUGGUCAAAACAGUUAGAGUGUCGAUAACUUGUAUCAAACAUAUAAGGGCGACAAUCUUUAUCACGGGAAGAGCAUAUUAGGAGAAUUGCAUUGUGUGGAUGUUCCAUGCAUACAGGGCACCUGGACCCUUCCCGUUCCUUCAAAUUUUCCUCAGUGUCUGGAGGGUUUUUUGGCGAAGAUGGAUGACUAUGGCUGGAACUACAUAGAAAAGGAGAUCUCCUAUGUCUAUCAAAAGACAUGCAGCGAUCUCUUCUCUCUUUCGGCAUAUUAAAAUCUCAAAUAUACCAGCAGAAACUCUAAAUGUUGGAUCUUUCACAAAGCAGGGGCAGAACUCCGCUCCGUCGAUACAAAAGCAACCUCCGAUGCUCACUGUGUAUGUCCUUGUUCGAGUGAAUCGACCUAGUUCAAGCCCCUUUCGACCUAGUUCAAGCCCCAUGCCCAGGAGCAGAAGCCGGUCUAGCCCCUUAAGGGCUAAAGCACAACCAAGUGUGCGAAGGAGAUCCACCCGACUUUGGGGAGAGAGCUAUGAUGGGGAAACUGCAUCUUCUUCUAGAGAUGAGGAUAACGAGUCCUCUGAUGGCGGUUCAACUUCUUGGAGGUGUCGUGUGCGCAGUCGUACAACUCCUGAUGAGCAACAAUGUUUUCAAAUCCAUCAGAAGUUAUGGACUCCAUCAGAAGAUACGGACAAUUGCCGGAGGAUGCUGGAUCGCAUGACCAAAAGGAUGUGCGCGCUGGAGACAGUGACUCUGGAGAUUCCAUACAGCGAGUGCGACAGCGUGGCAAAGAUUUACAGGAAGGCAUCAAGUGGGGUGAAGCCGGCGGCGCUGGGGAAAGUGAAGGAGAAGGACCCAGAAGUUAAGGCGUUCAUCGAGAAGUGUCUCGGGCAACCGAGGGCCAGACCGUCGGCGGCAGAUCGAGCUCCUCAAAGACCCGUUCUUUAAUGAAGUUGACGAUGACAAAAACGAUAGCCUGUAGAGUGCAUUAACUUUUCUUCACGGUGCAGAAUUAUGUGCGUUGUUUUUUAUUAUUUUUACCUACAAAAUUGUUCCUUGGCUUUUUUAUUUGUUUUUUACGUCGUGGUGUGGAUUAGUAUGGAAUUGGGAUUUUUUUAAAUUAAUUUCUAGAGAUUCA